CCGCCCGAGCUUGUUUCGUGACAUCGAAACACCCCAACCUCCUUCGCUAGACAUGAUCGCCGCGCGACCUCGCAUUGCUAUCUCGAAAUAUCACAGCCCCAUCAGUCUGCAUCGCUCGGAGCUUUACAAAGGUCUUCAAAGUCAACACUCACACCGUCACCAUGGCCGACUCCGAGAACAACGAGCUGCGCAUGUUCUACGCGCUGCACGACAGGGUAUGUAUGAUGGAGCUUGCCGACAGCGGUGACGAAGAGCCGGGCGCACAGGCAGACGAAAUCGCGAGAGAGCUUCUUACCCAUGCUCAGCUCCCCCUCAAGAUCCGCAUCCGUGCUUGUAGGGUCCUCGCAUGCUCUUCGGCCCCCGGAUAUCUCGAGUGGGCACGCGAGUGCGUCCGAGUUGCACAAAUAGCUUACGAUAAUGCCGCUCGCAAAAGCACCGCUGAACGCCCAGUCGAUGGAGAGGCGAUGUUGCUGGAAAUAGCUAAAGAGGUGUUGCAAGAGGCGGAGGCCGAUUUUGAUAGGCUUGGUGGCUAUGGUGAGGGUGAUGAUGAGGAUGAAGAGGGCGAUGAUGGGGGUGACGAAGAGACGGCAUCGGGUAGCGGAGAAGCAGCGAAAGUUAACGAUGCAGAGGCGGCGCAGGCCGAUUCCGCAGGCAAGGACCGCACGAGUUCAUAGCCGCACAACGGGACUGUAGCGCUCAAAUCGCGCAACCUCUCGACCACAGAAAGAAUUGGUAAAGAGUAUGAAUUUUUGGCCAUGAGGCCAUAUCUCUUCUACCU